AUGCCAGGCAUCGCGACGCUUCCCACCACCCAGAAAGCCCUCGUGGCCGGCCCCAAGGGCGAGUUCAUCCUCUCGCACGAUGCGCCCGUCGCCGAGCUGGAGCCCGACGCCGUCAUCAUCAAGACGACGGCCGUCGCGCUCAACCCGGUCGACACCAAGAUGGUUGGCGACUUCGUGACGCCCGGCGCCAUCUUUGGCUUCGACUGCGCCGGCACCGUCGUCGCCGUGGGCAAGGACGUCCACCACCUGAAGCCCGGCGACCGCGUCUGUGGCAGUGCUGAUGGCAUGGACCGCAACAACCCUCGCGGCGGCGCCUUCGCCGAGUACGUCUCGCUGCUGAGCGACAUGACGCUCAAGAUCCCGGACUUCAUGCCCGACGAGAACGCGGCAGCGCUGGGCACCGCCCUGGCGUCCGGCUGCAUGGCCAUCUUCCACGCGCUGGGCAUCUCGCCGUCGCUGCUCGACGAGCCGGCCAAGGAGGGCUUCCACGUCCUGGUGUACGGAGGCAGUUCGUCGACGGGCACCAUGGCCAUCCAGCUGCUGAAACUAUGCGGCCUCCGACCGAUCACGACCUGCUCACCCGGCAAAUUCGACUUCGUCAAGUCGUACGGCGCCGAAGAAGCCUUCGACUACAACUCGCCGACCUGCGCCGAGGACAUACGCAAGUACACCAAGAACACGCUGGGCUACGCGGUCGACUGCAUCACGCAGGAGAUGUCGACGCGCAUCUGCUACGGCGCCAUCGGCCGGGCGGGCGGCCGCUACGCCGCGCUGGACCCUUUCUCCGAGAAGGCCGCCUCGCGCAAGGUCGUCAAGCCCGACUGGAUCCUGGCGACGGCCAUCACGGGCCGGGGAUGCUCGUGGCCGGCGCCGUACGGCCGCGAGGGCAAUCCUGCCCUGCGUGAGUUUGGCCGUCCCAUCUUCCGCACGCUGCAGCGGCUGCUCAACGAGGGGAAGAUCAAGUCGCACCCUCCGCGCGUGAGCGACGGCGGUUUUGAGGAUCUGAUUAACGGAGUGGGCAAGAUCCGCAGGGGUGAAACUGGGUUUGGUUGA